AUGUUGAAUUCAUUUUGGGGUAAGUUUGCGCAACGUCCUAAUAUGACCAAAGUGGAAUUGAUCAAAGACCCACAAGUUUACUUUGACUACUUAACUUCAGAUGAAAUCAAUGUUCUCAACGUUAAUUUCGUGAGUGAUGAAGUGAUUGAAAUUCACUAUGAAAACAAUGAGAAUUUCACUGCGCAAAACUCUAAAACGAACGUGGUCAUUGCUGCUUUCACCACAGCUUACGCUCGCCUCAAACUCUACGAUGUUCUGGAUCAACUUCAAGAAAGAGCGUUGUAUUACGACACUGAUUCGGUGAUCUUCGUUAGUAAACCUGGUGAUCCAGAGCCCCCUACAGGUCCGUACCUCGGCGAACUGACGGAUGAGUUAAAGGGAGACUACAUCACCACAUUUAUCUCGGGUGGACCAAAGAAUUACUGUUACCGCACAAAUUCGAACAAAGUUGAGACAAAGAUACGAGGUAUCACGUUGAAUUGCACCGCUAGGCAAAACGUUAACUUUGAGGUGAUUCGUGCUUUGGUAUACCUUCAUGCAAAAUGUAAUGUCGCAGGGCGGGUAUAUCCGUAGAUAUCCCAUUCAAAUUACUCGCAACACCAAAACAAAGGACAUAGAAACCAAACGCAUGAAAAAGGACUAUCGUAUUGUUUAUGACAAACGUGUUAUUAUUGAUGAAUACAAAACACUUCC